GGUGUUUCCACACAGAUCUCGGUCUCCGAGCUGACCAUCACUUUCUACAAGAAAACUGUAUUCUUGGCAUUUUUGUUUUUCUGGUAACGUCAUAGACUGGGCAGGGCAGGUCUGGGCACCAGGAAGAGCUGGUGCCCCUGCCCUGUGCUCCAGAAGAAAAGAAAAGAAGAGGGAAGAGAGACGCAGAGCGAGAGGGAGACUGCUGCCUGGACCACAAUGAGAUCCCUCCUUGUGCUCCUGCCGGUGCUCCUGGACCUGGAACUGCUCCACGGGGCUCUGCACAGGGUGCCCCUGAGAAGGCAUCAGUCCGUCCGGAAGAAGCUGCGGGCCCAAGGCCUGCUCUCAGACUUCUGGAAGUCCCAGAACUUGGACAUGAUCCAGUUCAGCGAGUCUUGUAAAAUGGACCAGAGUACCAAUGAGCCCCUCAUCAACUACCUGGAUAUGGAGUACUUCGGCACUAUCUCCAUUGGCUCUCCACCACAGAACUUCACGGUCAUCUUUGACACUGGCUCCUCCAACCUCUGGGUCCCUUCUGUUUACUGCACCAGCCCAGCAUGCAAGACACACCCGGUCUUCCACCCGUCCCAGUCCAGCACAUACGAGGAGGUAGGGAAUCGUUUCUCCAUCCAAUAUGGUACUGGGAGCCUGACAGGAAUCAUCGGAGCUGACCAAGUCUCUGUGGAAGGACUGACUGUGGAGGGCCAGCAGUUCGGAGAAAGCGUCAAGGAGCCCGGGCAGACCUUUGUGAAUGCCGAGUUUGAUGGGAUUCUGGGCCUAGGAUACCCCUCAUUGGCUGCUGGAGGGGUGACCCCAGUGUUUGACAACAUGAUGGCCCAGAACCUCGUGGAUCUGCCUAUAUUUUCUGUCUACUUGAGCAGUGACCCACAAGGUGGCUCAGGCAGUGAGCUGACUUUCGGAGGCUAUGACCCCUCUCAUUUCUCUGGGAGCCUCAACUGGAUUCCAGUCACCAAGCAAGGUUACUGGCAGAUUUCCCUGGAUGGAAUCCAGGUGGGAGACACAGUGAUGUUCUGCUCUGAGGGCUGCCAAGCCAUUGUGGACACAGGGACCUCCCUCAUCACUGGCCCCUCCCACAAUAUCAAAGAGCUUCAAGAGGCCAUUGGGGCCUCACCCAUGGAUGGAGAAUAUGCUGUGAAUUGUGCCACCCUCAACACGAUGCCAAAUGUCGCCUUCCUCAUCAACGGGGUUUCAUAUACCCUCAGUCCAGAUGCCUACAUCCUGCCGGACUUAGUGGAUGGAAUGCAGUUCUGCGGCAGCGGCUUUCAAGGACUUGACAUUCCGCCACCAGCUGGGCCCCUCUGGAUCCUGGGGGAUGUCUUCAUUCGACAGUUCUAUGCAGUCUUUGAUCGUGGAAAUAACCAAGUGGGGCUGGCCCCCACGGUCCCUUAA